AUGGCUGAAUCACCGCAAGAAACCGUUACAAAACACCUCUCGGAUCCAAGCAAACCGCUCCGACCCAUACUCACAUCUCUCAAUGGCGACAACAGCUGGUUGAUGUCUUUCCCUCGGCCUGAGGCAGAGAGGGCUGCUACCGGGAAAGUCUUCUACCAUCUCGCUUUUGAACCAUGGUUGAAUGGAGCCGCGCAUGUUGGACAUCCAUGGUUCGUACACCUUGCUCGUGUUGAAAAGGAAGGCAUUUCUACCUUUGGAGACCUGGAGAAUCUAGUUCGCGAGAUUGAGAAAGCUGCCUCGGCGCAUUUACCAGCAAAUGCUCAAGCCCAAGAGUCAACAAGACAACUCGAUGCUAUCCUUCUUGGUUUCUUUUACUCUGAUCAUCUCCAUCCACAAACACUGAAGACGUUUCCUCCCGAGAUUCCCGUCAUAGUAACAGCACCUGGAGCAGCCAUCAUCGAACCUUGGAAUCACUUUCAGACCAUCAAAAUUAUUAAUAACUUCGAUUCCUCGGCGACAACUUGGAACUCACCAAACCUUCACCCGGGCGAUCCUGUUCCAAGCUGGUUCACACCACUGAUGAUCCUCGGCAAAAGCGUACUUAACUUUGUCUUUGCUAUAAUCUGGUCUCAUACCGUCAACGGCAAAGAAGUUCACGAAGUGAUUAUGGACUCCCCUCAUGGCGUGCAACUCGACGCAAAACCCCUCGAAGCAUUCCUCGCAUCAGAGCCCAAGACAAAGAAACUUGCGAUGCUGCACGGCCUUAAAGAGAGUCAUACUGGUGGCAUCCAAACAUGUUAUGGCGCAAAAGGGGGUCUUGGACUGCAUCGAAAGGUUGGAGGUGUAGAGCACUGGGUUUCGACGCACUCUUCUGAGCUCAAAUAUACGGGGAUAUUCAUGAGGCUCGUUUGGACUACUGAUACGCCGAGGACAAUCGAGUGGGCUUUGCAAGAGGAGAAGAAGGCGCGUCCCGAUGAGGAGUUGUCUGGGCCGCCGAAUUUCAUCAAGGUUCCGAAUGGUGCAUCGACGGUUUUGACGUGUUCAUGA